AUGGGCAGAAGGGAGACUAUCAAUCGAUAUCCUGGGGAUGGGGUUUCGGACAGGCUGGGAGUUAUGCUGGGAGUGUAUGCCAGUGGAUCAUCGGGGGCGCAUAUAAACCCGGCCGUCACUUUCGCAAACUGCAUUUUCAGAGGCUUCCCCUGGCGCAAAUUCCCCGUGUAUGCAAUUGCGCAGAUCCUCGGUGCCAUGUGUGGAGCUGCAAUUGUGUACGGUAACUACAAAUCUGCCAUCGACGUCUACGAAGGUGGACCAAGUAUUCGCACUGUGCCUGGCUAUUCAAUGACAGCCACUGCAGGCAUCUUUUGUACUUACCCAGCAGAAUUUAUGACAAAGACCGGUCAAUUCUUCUCUGAGUUCCUGGCAAGCGCUAUCUUGAUGUUCAUGAUCUUUGCUCUUAAAGAUAACAAUAACCUCGGGGCAGGAAAAUUGAUGCCCCUCGCUCUUUUCUUUGUGAUUUUUGGCAUUGGAGCCUGUUUUGGUUGGGAAACGGGAUACGCAAUCAAUAUGGCCAGAGACUUCGGUCCAAGACUCAUAUCUUAUAUGCUUGGGUACGGCCAUGAAGUAUGGAAGGCGGGUGGUUACUACUUUUGGGUCCCGAUGGUUGCACCUUUCCUCGGCUGUGUAUUCGGUGGAUGUGUAUAUGAUUUCUUUCUCUACGUCGGAGUGGAUAGUCCAAUUAACACUCCCUGGAUGGGCAUUCACAGACUGUUUGGAUCUCUACAUGGAAGAAAUCUAGUUGUCGUAAGCCCUGUGUGA